GGGAGAGAUAGGGAGAGCUAUAGCGAGAGAGAGAGAGAGGGAGAGAGAUAGGGAGAGACAGCGAGAGAGAGAGAGAGGAAGAGAGCGCGAGAGAGAGAGAGGUGGGGAGGGGGACAGCAGUCGAGCAGUCAACCCAUUUGGUAACUUACCAGUGAUGGAGAGCCAAGGGGACUGUCGCACGUCGGAUCAAACUUAAAGGAAGGAAGCAGUUUGGCUUUAUCAGACCGAGGCAGCCGGAGCGAUCCUUCUGAAAGGACGAAGAGAAGAGACGCACGAGCAAAGGGGAACGAAAGAAGGGAGUGAGGUGGAGGACGAAUAAAGUGAAUUCACUCUGAAAAGAUUGAGCUAAUAAAAAAUAAUAAAUAAAAGAGGAAUCAAGUGCCUGGCUGCCACUUUUUUUCCUCCCCCUCUCUGCUUUUCGCAAGACUGUCUUGUCCUGUUCCCUUUUUUUUCCUUCCGGAAAGCUCUUCUCUGUAUGCCGCUCCGCUGCUCUGCAGGUGACGGGACUCAUGGUGGAUGCCAAGGGACGGAACAUGAAAUGUCUGACUUUCUUCUUGAUGCUUCCAGAGUCGGUGAGAAUCAGGUCGAAUAAGGGGCCCAAGAAGGGCAGCCCCACAAACUCCAAGCUGCCCCCCGUCUGCUAUGAGAUCAUCACCCUGAAGACCAAGAAGAAGAAGAAGAUGGCUGCGGAGAUCUUCCCCACCAAGAAGCCGGCCACAGCGGCGUCGGCGUCGGCAUCGACCACCACGGUCCAGCAGUACCAGCAGCAGAACCUCAACAACAACAACACCAUCCAGGGCUGCAACUGGCAGGGGCUGUACCCCACUAUCCGAGAGAGGAAUUCCGUGAUGUUUAACAAUGAGCUGAUGGCAGAUGUUCACUUUGUUGUGGGCCCACCUGGGGGGACUCAGCGCCUACCCGGACACAGAUACGUCCUGGCCGUGGGAAGCUCCGUGUUCCACGCCAUGUUUUACGGAGAGCUGGCGGAGGACAAGGACGAGAUACGGAUCCCCGACGUGGAGCCGGCCUCCUUCCUGGCCAUGCUCAGGUACAUAUAUUGCGACGAGAUAGACCUGUGCGCGGACACGGUCCUGGCCACCCUGUACGCCGCCAAGAAGUACAUCGUGCCCCACCUGGCGCGGGCCUGCGUCAACUUCCUGGAGACCAGCCUGAGCGCCAAGAACGCCUGCGUGCUGCUGUCGCAGAGCUGCCUGUUCGAGGAGCCCGACCUGACACAGCGCUGCUGGGAGGUGAUCGACGCCCAGGCCGAGCUGGCGCUGCGGUCCGAGGGCUUCUGCGACAUCGACGCGCAGACGCUGGAGAGCAUCCUGCUGCGGGAGACGCUCAACGCCAAGGAGCUGGUGGUGUUCGAGGCGGCGCUGAGCUGGGCCGAGGCCGAGUGCCAGCGGCGGGAGCUGCCGCCGUCCAUCGACAACAAGCGCAAGGUGCUGGGCAAGGCCGUCUACCUGAUCCGCGUGCCCACCAUGGCGCUGGACGACUUCGCCAACGGCGCGGCGCAGUCGGGCGUGCUGACGCUCACCGAGACCAACGACAUCUUCCUGUGGUACACGGCGGCCAAGAAGCCCGAGCUGCAGUUCGCCAGCGAGCCGCGCAAGGGGCUGUCGCCGCAGCGCUGCCACCGCUUCCAGUCCUGCGCCUACCGCAGCAACCAGUGGCGCUACCGGGGCCGCUGCGACAGCAUCCAGUUCGCCGUGGACAAGCGCGUCUUCAUCGCCGGCUUCGGGCUCUACGGGUCCAGCUGCGGCUCGGCCGAGUACAGCGCCAAGAUCGAGCUCAAGCGCCAAGGGGUGGCGCUGGGCCAGAACCUCAGCAAGUACUUCUCGGACGGGUCCAGCAACACCUUCCCGGUGUGGUUCGAGUACCCGGUGCAGAUCGAGCCCGACACCUUCUACACGGCCAGCGUGGUGCUGGACGGCAACGAGCUCAGCUACUUCGGGCAGGAGGGCAUGACCGAGGUCCAGUGCGGGAGGGUCACCUUCCAGUUCCAGUGCUCCUCGGACAGCACCAACGGGACGGGCGUGCAGGGGGGGCAGAUCCCCGAACUCAUCUUCUACGCCUGAAGACCCCCCCCCUUCCUCUCUCUCUCUCUCUCCUCUUCCUCCCUUUAUUUUUCACAUACCCAAGGGGCAGGGCGUGAAGGAAGGAGAUAUAUCUCUGAACUCAUGUUCUAUGACUGAAAUAACCCCCCUCCCCCCACCCCUAGAAUAAUCCUCACCUUCCUGCUCCUUCCUCUCCCCCAUUUUUUAGUCAUUCAUUGUUCUUUCUCUCUUGGGUCUUGACCUUCUCACACCCAUUCUUCUUUGUUUUUUGCUGGGCCUCUUGCUUUGGUUCUAAUGAAGAUCGGUGCGGGGGCCAACGCCGGCUCCUUCCUAUGGGAUUACUCGACCCCGGGGGGCCCUGCUAGGCCUAGCCUCCCUCCCUCCAUCCUAAUCCUAAUCUGCCCGUCCCCUGUGUAACUGAUUUCGGAAACUGUCCCGUGUGUUAACCGUACCGGACAUUGGUUUGACUCAUCAGUUGGAGCCGGUGGUACCUUUUAUGCAAAGUGAUCUGCAGAUUUCCCACGGAUUGAUCCACGCCCAUUAAAAAGUCUUAAGAGAUAUUUUUUGAUUAAGCUGUGUGUUGUAUAGCUGUACAGAAUUGCAGCGUAGGAACUGCUUGAGAAGUUGUCACUCCUCAGAAAUUUAUUCUUUUUCUUUUUUUUUUUUGGCGCUAGGGUAAAAAGUAGCAAGCUGUGGAUUCUGCUAUCUCAUUGUAUAUGUACAUAUGUAAAUAGGUAUAUAUAUAGACUAUAGAAUUACACCAUGUAUGCUUCUACUGAUUCUCCUGUGUUAAAAUUUAUAUUUAGAUUUGUGAGGAAACUAAUACAGUGCUAUUCUUAUCAGUGUACUCAUGAUAGAACCUAACAGAUACAUUGCUUUGGAAAUUUGGAACUCGGAACUUUGAACCUUUGUCUGAGUCAUAAAAAUACGUGAAUUGUAAUCUUUUAUUGAUAGAAAUCAUUACUGUAUAUCACCAUAGUCUAUUUUUAUUAAAUAGGCUACUCAAACUUUGUAGCUAUAAACCUAAUUUUAUUAUUAAUCCGGCAAUUUGGACCUAAUUAGAAAGUGCAUACAUUUUUUAUUUAUUUACAUUUUUCUGAAUGAUUCAUAUCGGUUUCAUUGACACUGACAAUCUCUGGCCUCAUUUGCUAACUGCUUGAUUUUGUUCUUGCCCUUUAUAUGGAAGUAGAUUUUUCAACAUUGUAUUCUUUAGCAAUAGCGCUAGGGACCUGUCUAAGCAUUUACAAGCUUCUGUUCGAUGGAAAGUGUGACUUGUUUCCGUUUCAGCGCUUGCUUUUUUUGCAUCGAUGAUUAUUGCAUGGGAUACAUACGGUUUCAUACCCGCUUAGUGUGGCCAGUUAUUCCCUAGCGGUUCGUAUCUCUGCUGUAAUUGUUUUCUAACGCUUCAAGCCUAAUGCUUGUUUUCUGAUAACAAGUGAAGCGCUUGCACAUUGCAGCAAUACCAAUUCAGGAACCAUUUGUCAUUUUCAUCUUAUUUUCUACCUUUGUUUUACCCCUCAAGUAGUACUUUUGAAACCUUGAAAAGCAAUCAUGGAAUUUGACACCAAAGUAAAAGUAGGCUAUUUGUCAUAAGAUUUAAGAUUAUUUUGCUGUUUUGACCUGGGUGAAAAAUCACAUGGUAUAUGUUGAGUAUAUGUUUAUAUAUUUGAAAUCUUACUUAUUAAUUGCAAUAAAAGGAAUAUGUGAAUAUGCAUGGCAGGGCUAUAAUGGAUUUCCAUACGGACGUUAGUGGAGUGAAACUCUAAUUCUGAUGGGUUAUGUAGUGCCUGCAGGUACAGACUGUGAGCAAUGCAGUUUCACAAUCAACCAAGGGCCUGAUUUACUAAGACCUUUAGCGUAUGCAAAACCUUUUAGCGCACAUGAAGCCAGUAACAUGGCCAGUGAUUGGUCAUUGUGUUUGUUUUGCACCAAUCAUUGGUUGUGUUGCUAGUUUUGCGUGUGCUUAAAAGGUUUUUGGCCCCUAGCGUUCACGUUACAGGCACAUUACACUGUUUGCCCUUCGCUUGAAGUGUGUAAUUCCUUCUACAUAUGAAAUGGCGGAUUACUGGUCAGUAACAGAAGCCUCAGAGUCAAUCUGUAUUUUAAAAAA